CGGAGCAUUAAUUUAUCAAAAUGGUCGCAACGGUAGAAAUCGCAGCGGAUUUUAUAACCGAACGAAUAUAUCUCGCAAAUGAAUGGCACACGUAUAAUUACUUCUCCCGAGCCGCAUUUUCUGCAUGCCAAUCCUUAUUUAUUGCAUCAUGUGCAUCACGCGAAUCGAAUCCGGACGAGAAACCUCGCUUCGGAUGCGAUCACGCACGAGACGAUAGGAAUGCUGAUGACAGAUCACAAGAGAGCAUAACUCGACAUGAAAGUCAGUCAACAAGCCAUCGAAACUUGCUCGCGAAUGUUCACGAAUGUUACUUUCUCCAUUAGCAUGUAUCGAUGAAGCAAGAUUUUGAAAUCGAAGGAAUGACAUAUGAUCCAUAUAUAAUUCGUGACGAUUAUACAUAAAGUUUAAAAAUCGUAAUUCAAACAAAUAAGUCUUAUUGUUAGCCGCAUGGAACUUU